ACAACUACACUAUCACCAACACCUACAACUACACUAACACCAACACCUACAACUACACUAACACCAACACCUACAACUACAUUAUCACCAACACCUACAACUUCAUUAUUACCAACACCUACAACUACACUAUCACCAACACCUACAACUACACUAUCACCAACACCUACAACUUCACUAUCUCCCACAACUACAACUACACUGACACCAACACCUACAACUACACUGACACAAACACCAACAACUACACUAUCACCAACACCAACAACUACACUAUCACCAACAUCUACAACUACACUAUCACCAACACCUACAAUUACACUGACACAAACACCAACAACUACACUAUCACCAACACCAACAACUACACUAUCACCAACACCUACAACUACACUAACACCAACACCUACAACUACACUAACACCAACACCUACAACUACACUAUCACCAACACCUACAAUUACACUGACACCAACAUCUACAACUACACUAUCACCAACACCAACAAGUUCACUAUCACCAACACCAACAAGUUCACUAUUACCAACACCUACAACUUCACUAAUACCAAUACCUGCAACUACACUGACACUAACACCAACAACUACAGUAUCAUCAACAACUACAACUUCCCUAACACCAACAACUACACUAUCACCAACAUCUACAACUUCACUAUCACCAACACCUACAACUACACUAACACCUACAACUACACUAAUACCAAUACCUACAACUAUACUAACACCAACAUCUACAACUACACUAACACCAACAUCUACAACU